AUGAUAGACUACUACUACUGCUACACGAAAAAGAAAAGCGAUAUUGGUAAAAAGUGCUGCUUCACCAAGUCUACAAGUCAAAUAAUAGGGCGAAUAGAACCAAAUGAAGAGUUAAAAAAAAAAUAUAUGUAUAAAGAGAAUAUAUAUUAUAAUGAUGAUAAUAUAAGAAAGUUUAGUGAGCAGUAUGUUAAUAUAGAAAGUGUAAAAUUAGAAAAUAAGUUUUUUUAUCAUAAUGAAGGUGGAUGGACUAAAGACAUAGAUAUCAGUGAUAAACAAAAUAAGAUAAAAUAUAUUAAAAGAUUGGAUAAAGAUGUGAAUCUAAUAAAUAGUUUAAAAAUACUAAUGAAUGAAACAACGAAAAUUUUACAUAAAAAUAAUAGUAUUAAUAUAUAUGAAGAAUAUUUUAAGGAUGAUUUGCAAAAGGAAGAAAAUUUUAAAAUUAAAUCAAUUAUAAUAAUUAAGGAUAAAAUUCGAAAGUAUAAAAGAUUUAUUACAUCUAUUAAAUGGUCAACUGAUAAUACACACAAAUUAGCUAUCUCUUACUGUGUUAAUGAUUAUCAAAAAAUUUUAAACAGUUCCCCAAAAAACUGUUUAUUAUAUAAUUUGAAUCAAGUUAAUAGUCCAUAUCAAACAUUAUAUUCAAAAACGUUUAUUAGAUGUCUACGUUUUAAUCAUAAAAAUCCUGAUUUGUUAUUAGCGGGUUCUUAUGACGGUACAGUUAAUAUAUGGGAUCUAAGAAAAAAAAAUACCUUAUGUGAAUCAUCUUCAAUAAAUGUUAGUCAUAAAAACAUUGUCCAAGAUAUCAUAUGGUUACAAACGAAAACAAAUAAUCAUUGCUUAUCUAUUUCGAAUGAUGGUUUAUGUUUAAUAUGGGAUGUUCGCAAUUUUUCGAACCAUAUAGAAUCUUUUUAUCUAAAUAAAGAUCCCAGAGAAGUGUGUGAAUUGGUAGGAACCGCCAACUUAGAUGCAGACAAUUUGAAGCUUUCCGAUGGGGGGGUGGUAAACACCGCAAAUCUGGUUAGUACUUAUACAGAACGUGUUUCAACACAGGGAUUAACUAGCAGUACAGCACCAGGAGUAGCUACCAGUUCAGCUACAGGAACAACUACCAGUCUGACUCAUCCAAAUCAGGUAAGAGGAAACAUUCCUAUUGCGAAUGAUUUGAAUAACGAGUUACCAUCGGGGAGUUGCACAAACUUAUGUUACAGUGCAAAUUGUUUAGAGUGGAACCUCGAAGCAGGACCAUCAAAAAUACUAGUAGGAUCAGAUGAAGGGUAUAUUUUAUCCUUAUCAAAAAGACAAACUAAAAAUCUUGAAAUGCUACAAAAAUAUGGAGCAUCAAAUGAAAAACAUUUAUCUAGUAUUACAAGUAUAAAAAGAAUACCUGUUAAUCUCAAAUAUUUUUUAUCAACAGAUAAAUGGGGUUUUAAUAUAUGGUCAGAAGACAUAAAAUUUCCUAUCAUUUCGAAUUAUUAUGAUGAAUGUGUAAUUAAUAAAGGAUACUGGAUUUAUGAUUCCUCUUUUUUCAUGUUAAUAAGAAAAGAUGGUUACUUAGAUUUUUGGAAUUUACUUUACAAUUUCAAUGAACCCAUUAUCAAACAUAAAAUAUGUAAUUGCUCAAUCACAGAAAUAGAUGCACAUGUUAAUAAUAAAUAUAUUUCUGUCGGAAAUGAACAAGGCGAUAUUCAUAUAUUAAAACUAGGGGAUAGCUUUUGUAAAAAUUCGAGUGAAGAAAAAAAUGCCCUAGAUGAACUAUUUGAAAGAGAAUCAAAAAGAGAAAAAAAUUUAGAAUAUAUUAGAAAACAGCUCAACUGUAUUAAGAAAAAGAAAGAAUAUUUAAAUGCUCAAGAUGUUCAAAUAAUGGACGAUGCUGUCAGGGAGACUGAUAGGGAGUACGAGUCCGUAAUUUGA